AUGAGUGAAAAGUCAACGGAUGAAUUACAGGCACUAUUAACCAUAACCUCCCUGCUUGCGGACCGGGUAAAUGAGUCCGACGAAGCGAUUUCCAAAAUCAAAGAGAUUGUGAAAAACUUGGGGGAGGAGCAUAUUCUGAAAGAGGAGCCAAAUGAAAUGGUUAAACCAGACGAGGUACAACAACUAGAACGAGAGAGGUUGCAAUUGGUAAUGGAACUACAGAAGCAGGACUACAUUCAUAGUAGAUUAGUAAAAUUGGUCAAGGAAAAUCAAGAACUUCUAGAUACAAUCAAAAGCUACAUUAAGUAG